UGGAGGAGUCUCCAGUUUCAGGCUGUACUGCUGGUGGCAGAGUCAACCGGAGGGAAAGUGGAACGGGUCGGGCGGGGUUCCCGGAGGGGGGACCACACGAGAUAGGGGGCGCUGGUGGCGGCGGCGCAUGGGAAAUUUAGGGUUCAGGGCUGAUACAGGGUGGCAUAAGGGCUCUGGAGAGUGGGGCGCAGAGAUUAGCAGAGCAGUCAGGGGGCUGUAGGGCAGGAGGCAGGGAUACGUUGUGGCAGAGCUUACAUUACAUCAGGGAUACAUUGUUGCAGAGCUUACAUUACAUCAGGGAUACAUUGUUGCAGACCCUGCACAGGGGUGCAGAGCAGUGAUACAUUGUUGCAUUGCUGUGCAGAUCGCUGAUACAUUGUUGCAGACCCUGCACAGGGGUGCAGAGCAGUGAUACAUUGUUGCAUUGCUGUGCAGAUCGGUGAUACAUUGUUGCAGACCCUGCACAGUUGGGUCUCCCACCUCUAGUUUAGGGGUUUGGAGGGGGUGCAGAGCCUCCCUUAGAGAGCAGAUUGGGGACAGCGACGCCCCAGCCCCCGCAGGAUCGGCGCUCCCCGGGACGAUGUGGUUCAUCUACGUGCUCAGCUGGCUGUCCCUGCUCAUCCAGGUGGCCUUUGUCACUCUGGCCAUAGCUGCGGGACUGUACUACCUGGCAGAGCUGAUAGAAGAGUACACGGUGGCCACCAGCAGGAUCAUAAAGUACAUGAUCUGGUUCUCCACGGCAGUUCUCAUCGGCCUCUACUUGUUCGAGAAGUUCCCCCUCGUGAUGAUCGGCGUGGGGCUCUUCACCAACGUCGUGUACUUUGGGCUGUUACAGACGUUCCCUUUUAUUAUGCUGACAUCUCCGAACUUCAUCCUCUCCUGUGCUCUGGUGGUGCUCAAUCAUUACUUGGCUUUCCAAUACUUUGCAGAAGAAUACUACCCGUUCUCAGAGGUGCUCGCUUACUUCACCUUCUGCCUCUGGCUCGUUCCCUUCGCUUUCUUUGUGUCCUUGUCCGCUGGGGAGAACGUGCUGCCAUCCACAGUACAGCACGGAGAUGACGUGGUGUCCAACUAUUUCACAAAGGGCAAGAGAGGAAAGCGCUCCGGGAUCCUCGUCAUCUUCUCCUUCAUCAAGGAGGCCAUCCUUCCCAGCCGACAGAAGAUGUACUGAGCUCAGGGUCGUGCCGCCAUGCUGAAUCACACGACGGAGACUGCAGACGGAGCAUUGUCUGUGGAUCUGAACGGCGGGAUGGUCGGAUAUAGGGCAUCAGACGGAGGGCAGCCUGGCAUCUGCAGACGCUCAGCAGCUUUCUCUUGUUAGACCUGAACCCGGUGGAUGAACUUAUUAGAGACACUAUUACUAGGAGGACAACCAACACUUGUACGGAAGAAGACCUUCUAGAUAAUUUUUUGAAUACGUUAGUGCCAACAGGUGCCCCUCCCCCCAUUUUGAUGGUUUUAGCUCCACCUAUAUAUAUGUUUUCAGCAUGGUGUCUGACAGGACUGGCCAAUAUUGUGAAUUUUCUGCACUUUUACCGGUGCGGUUCCUGUGAAAUAAAAUCACUAUUUCUUACUAGUAAUGUUUUCCAUCGACCGUGGGGCAGGUACCCAAAGCGAGACAACCCACUAACGGGUUCUGGAUUAUCGGAGGGUCAUACGGUAUGGAAAACACCGAAGGGGAGAGCCGUGGCGCCCAAAAUAAAACUUUCAUAUUAUCUACU